AUGGCAUCCCCUCAGGUUCACCAUCUUUUUCAUGCUCCCAUUGCAGACCACUCCUUCUCAUCCGACCGCCAAACUCUUGCCGUCGCCCGUGAAAACAAUGUGGAGCUGUAUCAGACAUCAGGCAACAAGUUCGAAUUGAGCGAUGAACUGAAGGGCCAUGAGAAGACUGUCACCAGCGUGGAUAUUGCUCCCAACAGUGGUCGUAUUGUGACUUGUUCCCAAGAUCGCAAUGCCUACGUCUGGGAGAAGACCCCCUCUGGCUGGAAGCCUACUUUGGUCCUGCUUCGAAUCAACCGAGCUGCAACGUUUGUCAGAUGGUCCCCCUCCGAGCAGAAAUUCGCCGUAGGUUCCGGAGCCCGCGUCAUCGCUGUUUGCUACUUCGAGGAGGAGAACGACUGGUGGAUUUCGAAGCACCUGAAAAAGCCCAUUCGCAGUACCAUUACCACCCUGGCCUGGCACCCGAACUCGGUUUUGCUUGCUGCUGGUUCCACCGACUCGCAUGCUCGAGUCUUCUCCAGCUUCAUCAAGGGUAUCGAUGAGCGCCCCGAGCCCAGCGCUUGGGGUGAGCGCCUGCCCUUCAACACCAUCUGUGGUGAAUACCUGAAUGACUCUGCUGGCUGGAUCCAGGGCGUCGCCUUUUCCCCGAGCGGAAACGCUCUCGCGUUCACUGGACAUGACAGCAGUGUCACAAUCGUGUACCCCAGCGCACCGGAGCAACCACCUCGGGCCAUGCUGAACAUCUCUACCCGCCUUUUGCCACUGAACAGCCUCAUUUGGAAUGGUGAGAAUGAAAUUCUUGCCGCUGGUCACGAUUGCGAGCCAUUCCGCUUCCAAGGCGAUGAGAACGGAUGGCAACUUGCUGGUUCCUUGGAAAAGUCGACUGGAGCUGGCGCGGGCCCUCGUGAGGAGUCUGCGCUGAACAUGUUCCGCCAGAUGGAUCUCAAAGGCCAGUCCCAGGUGGACACCAAGUUGAAAUCGACCCACCAGAACACCGUGAACACCCUUCGUGCCUACGAUGAGGCCGGCGGACAGGUGCGCUCUUUCAGCACGAGCGGAGUUGAUGGCCGCGUCGUGAUCUGGUCCACCUAG